ACAACGAUGGCGCUGAGCUAUUCAUGGAUGCCCCGUCGGUUUGACCUUUCGCUUCUGGUAGGUCUCACAGGUUUGGUGCUCGACAUCAUUUAAGCGAAGCUUGACUCAACAUGUUCCAUAUACCCUCGUCCCCUCUUCUCCACCACCUACAACUACUCCGAGCUAGCAGCUACUCUACUGAUAGAUACAGGAGGGAAGGGAUUCAGUUUGAUAGGAUGAGUUGAUACAAAGGCUGGUCAUUGGAUUUUCUAGAAAAUGAUAUUGACUCAGUGUAUGAUCAUUGUCAUAAUCUUGAAGACAUGCAUCAACGAAAGCCUUGAUUUUGAAAUUUUCAAGCAUGAUCAGGUCUAAAAUACAGGGAACAUGGACCUAAAAACAUUUGUAGCUUCCGGGACCUGUGCGCUAACAUAUGAGAAGCAUAGAAAGUCUCAGCUGUCUAUUUACCAGGGAGGAAGAGGUGGUAUGGCAUUCCGGAUCCAAAAUCUAGUUUUGGUCAGUAAUAGGAUUUCGUUACUCUUUCACGACAGUGUAAAGAGGGGAGUUAAAGGCAGCAGUGACGAAAAAGCAUGCGAGAUAAUCAUUCAUAGCCAUAACGGGCUGUUUGAGCAAAUUGUCAAGACAUAUCCAAUUUUCACAUGGAAACAAUCCGCAACUUAAUCGGCGGGAACCGCCAUCCGAGAGCUUAUGCAAUGCGAUUACAAGGAUGCUUCGAAUUUUGUGUCACUGACCAGACAGCACGCACAGGUUUCCAGGUUGCUGUCAGGCUGAGUUUGAAGCAAAGCGUUUGUUUAGAGCCGCAAGUGGAACUCGGCAACCAUGAUCGUCGUGCUAGCCGGCCAGGAAUGGCGCUGAUCAACAACCUCGCCGACCGCCACGAGGUUGGACCCGCUGGCUGCGGAGUGGCUCCCUAUGCCACUUCGGCUCACCAACUUCCCUCACAGUCUCCUGAGCCGGUUAGCAUCGUGUGGCCUGAGUUGUUAUUUGUUCAUGUACUCUGUGCGGUACAUAUACAUGUGCAUUGGUGUACUUCAUUUCUUCGCCAACGUGUUGAGGUGUGGUUGACUCAAAUAACUACUUAG